ACUGAGUCAGCACCUGUGCAAGGAGCCGCCUGUGGCUCCAGAGCCAGCCCUGAGCCGUGUGUUCUCCUCCAGGUCUCCCUGCUGCCUGCUGCCCUGAUGACUGGCUCAAGAUCCAGGGGCUCGCUGCUUCCCUACCCAGGCAGACUGGACCACUGGAUCGGCCUCCGGAAGGACGCAGGCGGGGUCUGGAGAUGGGUCAAUGGCACUGAGUUCGACCAUCGGUUUGAAAUACAAGGAGACGCCAACUGUGCUUCUUUGGACGAACGUGUCAAAGUCAUCAGCUCCAGUUGCAGCUCGCAGAGGAAGUGGAUCUGCAGCAAACUGCAUACCCCCUUCUGAUGGAGGACUGAGAGACCAUGUAGCCAGACAUACUAACCCCAUAUCAUCCAUCUUAUUUGCCUUCCUGAAGCAUACAGGACAGAGAAGGAGCAAUAAAAUCAGCAUAGUCUAUGCUGGCUCAU